AUGGUCAAGGCUGUCGCUGUCGUCCGUGGUGACUCGAAGGUCACUGGCUCCAUCAUCUUCGAGCAGGAGUCCGAGUCCUCCCCUACCACUGUCACCUGGGACAUCACUGGCCAUGACGCCAACGCCAAGCGUGGCAUGCACAUCCACACCUUUGGCGACAACACCAACGGCUGCACCUCGGCUGGCCCGCAUUUCAACCCCCACGGCAAGACCCACGGCGCCCCGGUUGACGAGAACCGUCAUGUUGGUGACCUCGGCAACAUCGAGACAGACGCUCAGGGCAACUCGAAGGGCACCGUGACCGACAAGCACAUCAAGAUCAUUGGCCCCGAGAGCGUCAUUGGCCGCACUGUCGUUGUCCACGCUGGCACUGACGACCUCGGUAAGGGGGGCAACGAGGAAUCCCUCAAGACCGGCAACGCCGGCCCCCGCCCUGCCUGCGGUGUCAUUGGCAUCUCGCAGUAG